AUACCAUAACAAAAUGGCGGCGUGCGGGGAUGUUGUCGCUUGUCGACAGAAUAUUUUUGCAAAGAAACCCGUGGGCACAGAAGGAGUGAUGGAAUAUGACAAUGCAAACUACAUCAUAGGACUGAAAAAUGACGAAUACGUGCCUCCCAAAAUACCUAUAGCUCUGCCACACUUUGAUGAGAAGACAUUCACUUUUGGCGCCGAAGCGAAGAAGCAUUUUUUAAUAGAUUUCAAAAACUGGACAUUUUUAAACCACGGAGCAUUCGGUGGAGUACUUAAAGAAUCUUUAGAUAUCGCUCGUGAUUGGCAAAUUUACAUUGAAAAGCAACCUUUGCGUUUUGUUGAUCGUGAAUUACUGACUCACAUGGUAUAUAUCACUCGCAGACUUGCGGGCUUCCUGUGUUGUGACCCGCGGGAUUUAGUGCUAGUCCCGAACGCUACUGAAGGUAUCAAUACAGUUAUUCGAUCCCUUAAACUGUGUAAGGGUGACAAAGUGUUUUAUCUGAAUACAUGCUAUUAUGCCGUCAAGAAGUUGUUGCGUCACCUCAGUGCUGAAGAUGGUGUAGAGAUACAAGAGGCAACUAUUCCUUUCCCAUCCUAUGAAGAUGACAUUUUGUCACUCGUAGAGACCACACUACAACCAGGCACCAAACUAGCUGUAUUCAGUCACAUCCCUAGUGUUAUCCCAAUCAUCAUGCCAAUCAGUAGGUUAAUUGGCAUCUGCCACAAAAGGGAUGUGCCAGUAUUGGUGGAUGGGGCCCAUGCGCUUGGUGCAUUGCCGCUGAGGAUUGCUGAGCUAGGGGCUGAUUACUAUGUUGCUAAUGCUCACAAAUGGCUUUGUGCGCCUAAGGGAUGUGCUGCCCUCUACGUUGCUGACAAGCACAAGGGAUCAGUGAGGUGUCUGACUGUCUCUGGUGGAUUUGGCCGUGGGUUUACCACAGAGUUUUUGUUCAGAGGUCUAAGGGAUUACAGCCCAUAUCUUGCUCUUCACACUGUUCUUGACUUUUGGGAAACAGUGAGCCCAGACAGAAUCUACAAUCACAACACCAGUCUGGCCCACAAAGCUGCUACUUUACUAGCAAAGUGCUGGGACACAGACACACUUUUCCCUCUCUACAUGUUUGGCCCAAUGGUAUUAGUACGACUUCCUGACCUUCUCUGGCAGUGCCAGGUGGCAAAUGGUAACGAUGAGGUGGACAAACCCAAAGCUGAGGCUGUGCAGGAGAGAUUGCAUUGCGAGUCAGCUUUAGAAGUUCCUGUGAAAGCUGUUAAUGGGAAGUUGUAUGUGCGAAUUUCAGCGCAUGUUUAUAAUGAGCUAAAUGAGUAUAAAUUGCUGGCUGAUGCUGUGUUAAGGCUUGUUGAAUUGUGCAAAGAUAAUUCAUCUUAAGUCAAAUAAAAUAUUUAAAAGUUUGGA